UUUAAAGGUUAUAUAUGCAAAUUUCUCAUAGAUAGAAACAAAUAUCUCUCUCAGAGAAGUAAAAACAAAAUUUCGUUCUGUGUGAAGCCUCUUCUUCUUCGAUCAACCAUGGAAGCUACCUCUCUAAGCUCUGCAGCAACAAUCAUCUCCUCCUCAUCUUCCCCACUCUCCAUAUUCUCUCCAAAGAAGCGAACAGACUCAUCACCUCCCCCGAGAAUCGUCCGUCUCUCGAACAAGAAGGAAGACAAAGAUUACGAUCCGCAACAUUCCGAAUCGAACUCAUCAAGCCUCUUCCGGAAUCGAACUCUCUCCAAUGAUGAAGCAAUGGGACUGGUGUUGAGUGCAGCUUCGGUUAAAGGAUGGACAACCGGUUCCGGUAUGGAAGGACCGUCUCUACCGGCUAAAACCGAUACAGACACGGUUUCCACAUUUCCAUGGUCAUUAUUCACUAAAUCGCCUCGUAGGCGAAUGCGUGUUGCUUUCACUUGUAACGUAUGUGGGCAAAGAACUACAAGAGCUAUUAAUCCUCAUGCUUACACUGAUGGCACUGUCUUCGUGCAGUGUUGUGGAUGUAAUGUGUUUCAUAAGCUGGUCGAUAAUCUCAACUUGUUUCAUGAGGUUAAGUAUUAUGUGAGCAGCUCGAGCUUCGAUUACACCGAUGCUAAGUGGGAUGUUAGCGGCUUGAAUCUUUUCGAUGAUGAGGAUGAUGAUAAUGCUGGUGAUAGCAAUGAUGUCUUUCCUUUGUAAAGAACCUUUCUACAAUAUCUUUGUUAUAUAUCUGUAUAUAGCUACCUUGUCAUAUCAUCUUGGUGUGAAUAACAUUUGGAAGUAAUAAAUUGGUCAUAUAGCUCAUGUUCUG